UAAAUUUGAAUGGAAUUGCUGGUGAAGUGACUCUCAGAGCAGUUCUGAAGAUGAAGUUAAUGUGUUAAUGUCCUCAUACAGUGAGAUGACAGAAGCACCUCAUGCAGACCUGAGAUUAUUUCGCGGACCCCUGUAUUUUUAGGAUAAUCAGUGUAAACUUACAAUAGGUCCUACACUUAAGUCCUUAAGACCUUUACCACUGUAACUGCUGAAGAAAACUUGUCAGUUGUUGAGGGCGUUGAUCAUGAUAAAUACAUUCCACAGCGGUUGUAUACUCUGGUACUCUUUGUUAGUGUUUAAUCUAACUGUAUAAAUGAUUUUUUUUCGCCAGCUGUGAUUACCUUACCGAUGAUGAGGUUUCAACAGAUGCUCAGCCCCUCCGUCUCCUCACGUCUCCGGUCUCAUGCUCCACUGACGAGUCACAAGUUACGCUUUUCUCUCCGCGGGGCGUUUCUGUUCCUUCCCUCAGAGUCUGACCGCGGCUCCGUCUCACACAGACAUGCAGAACCAUCACCUGAAGGAGCACUUGUAUAAAAUCCUGGUGAUCGGGGAUCUGGGUGUGGGGAAAACCAGCAUCAUCAAGCGGUACGUGCACCAGAACUUCUCAGCGAACUACCGCGCGACGAUCGGCGUGGAUUUCGCGCUCAAAGUUCUCAACCUCGACCAGGAGACCGUUAGACUGCAACUCUGGGACAUCGCCGGCCAGGAGCGUUUCGGGAACAUGACGCGGGUGUAUUAUCGAGAGGCCAUGGGAGCCUUCAUUGUUUUCGACGUCACACGGCCGUCAACAUUCGAGGCCGUGACCAAGUGGAAGGAGGAUCUGGAUGCCAAGCUGAGUUUAUCCACCGGCAAACACGUGGCGGCCGUAUUGCUCGCAAACAAGUGCGAUCAGGGCAGAGACGUUCUCACCAACAAUGGCAUCAAGAUGGAGCAGUUCUGCCAGGAGAACGGCUUCGUGGGAUGGUUUGAAACUUCAGCUAAGGAGAAUAUUAAUAUAGAUGAGGCCGCACACUGUCUGGUGAAGCACAUUAUAGCUAAUGAGAAUGAUCUGCUGCAGUCAGAGGUCCCAGAAACCAUCUCGCCGCAGCAGGAGUCCAGCCGCGGAGGAACCUGCUCGGCGUGUUUCAGGUCCUGAAGAAGAUCUCCAGAGGGUCCCAGAGGAGCACUUCAUUCAACCUCAUCCUGGCUCUUUCAGGUCUUUCCAUCACGUUUCGUCUCUUCUCAUCUCGUUCACGUCUCCUCUCGUCUCUGUUUAUCUGUGUCAGCGCCGCAGGGGCAACCCUGUCGCCUUGUCUCGGUUUCCAUGGUAACAAGCCUUAUCGAACACUCUGCAGAGCAGACAUUUUUUAAGAGAAAGAGACAGUGGUGAGAAAUCCAUCUGCAGAACUUCACAAGAACUUCAGGUUCCUGCAGAAUCAAAACCCCAAAAGGCCAAUGCUGCAUUUUACCGUCCAUUCUUUCAUUUUAUUAUCAUUUUAUUGACCUACUUUGCUGUUAAUUCAUAGUUUUACUUGCAAACAGAAAUCGGCUGAAUAAGCAAAACCAACAAAUUAAAAACGUUAUAUUUUUGCCCUCUGAGCAAAGUGAAACUGAAAGUGAAUUUUCCAUAAUUUUUUUCAAGUCAGCCGAAGUCAUGCUGCUCAUGAUUUAUUCAGGUAUUAAAAGUAUUGAUGAAUUUGAACAUUUCCGGUACGUGCAGUUGCAGAUUCUUCGAAAACAGGGUUUCUGAAAAUAAAUAUAAGACUUUAUAAAACCACGUAAAGGAAAUUUAAAGAAUAAAAUGUAAGGAAAACAAUGUCAGUAUGGUGUCUAAAUGUCUUGUAUUCACAACACUUCAAACUCUGAAAAUACAACUUUCAACAGAUCUACAUUACUUUAU